GAGUGCGGGUCUAGACUUAGUCACGUGCCCCACCAGGAGAACAAUAGCACUGAAGCACUGGCUAAGAAUGCACCAUGAGCAUUAUGCUAAAACAAUAUUUGACAAAAUACGCGGGUUUGAUUUCUCAAAUCUUCUCAGUAAUGGGCUAUAGAAGUAGAUCGAUGCACUCCCUCUCCCAUUCUACAAUCAGACCUGGUGCCAAGAUGUCUGAAGUGACGCCAGAAAUUCGCGCAUCUGCUCUGAAGUAUUGUCAGCAGCUUUUACAUGGCGCCUGGAAAGAACUGAAACAAGAUCGUUUCCAAAUCAAACAAGUUAGAGAAAAUUACUUGAGUCCAAAAAGAACAACAGGAGAGUAUUAUCUUGGAGGUCUCAGUAAUUACCUAUAUGUAUGCUCACUUCCUGAAGAUGGACACGUGCAGAAUGGAGAGCCCAGGCAGAUCCUGCUCAGAUACUAUGGAGAGAUCUUGACUGGCAAUGCAGAUGCUGUUGUCCUAGACUCUGUUGUAUUUGCCUUAUUAUCAGAGAAAAAACUGGGCCCCAAGUUAUAUGGAGUUUUUCAUGGAGGCAGGUUAGAGGAAUAUAUCCCAUCUCGUAGUUUGACUACAGCAGAGUUGAGGGUUCCUUACAUAUCAAAGAGGAUUGCACAGGUCAUGGCUAAGUUCCAUGUGCUGGACAUGCCUGUCAACAAAGAACCUGUUGCCAUGUUUGAAAUGAUUGCAAAGUGGCUCCAGGAAGCUUCAUCACUUACUUUGGAAAAUGCCAAACCCUACGACAAGGUGCUAUUAGAGAAAAUUUUCUCCUUCAAGAUAGAAGCAGAAUUUGAAACACUUAAAGAUUUUGUGAUUGGUGUCAAUUCACCUGUUGUCUUCUGUCACAAUGAUCUACAAGAAGGCAAUAUUUUAUGUUUUGGGGAUACUGAUGACAUGGAAUUGAUGGCCAUAGACUUUGAAUAUUGCAAUUACAACUACAGGGGUUGUGAUAUUGCCAACCAUUUCAAUGAGUGGGUGUAUGACUACACUUAUGAUAAAUUCCCUUUUUACAAGGAAAGUCGAGAAAAUUAUCCAUCAAGGGAAGAGCAGAUUUUCUUCUUAAAGGCUUACUUGUCUGCCAGUGGUGAAAAUGAGGAUGAAAUAGAACAAAAAGCAGAGUCGAUGCUUUAUGAAUGCAGUGCCUGUGGCCUAAUAUCUCAUUUCUUGUGGGGCACAUGGUCUCUUGCUUGCUCAAAGAUCAGCCAUAUUGAAUUUGGAUAUUUGGAUUAUGCAUUGGUCAGAUUUGAGGCAUACUUCAGACAGAAAGCUGAGUUAGCCCAAAUAAAACCACCAAAAAAAGGAUGAGGUUCUGGGCAAAUCUUUUCUAGCAGUUAAACUAUCUGCCGUCCUUUUGACACUUUUCUCAGUGAACUUUUUUGGCAUUGUAGGGCAGUGAAAAUGAUGAGUUGCAGUUCCUUCUUUUUUAUGUACAGACACAGAUGUGUCAGUACAUGUAACUGCCAGCUGUGUCUGUUGUCGCAGUGCACUUUCACUGUUACAACGAUAAGUGAAGAAGUAUGUGAGCUUUUGUCUUCAAACAUACAGAACUGAUGAAUAUUCAUAAAUUACAGGUCAAGUUUGAAAAUUGGCUUGAUUCGACCAUUUUCCCAAAAGUUAUGCUGUUUUUUAAAUUUUUUCAGCAUAUUUUAUCCACUGUUCUACAGAUAAAAGAAUAACCAGUUUACAUUUUGUCUUCAAAUUAACAGAACUGAUGAAUAUUCAUAAAAUACAGGACAAGUUCUAAAGUUGUCCUUUUUAUGCUUUUUUACAGCAUAAUUUAUCCAGUGUCAUACAAAUAACAUAAAAACUAUGCCUUAUUUUUCUUUAAAACUAGUUGGACUGAUUCAAAGAACUAAUAUACAGAUCGAGUUUGAAAAUUAUCUUGAUCGGUUUAGUUUUGAUAAAGUUUAUCCACACUUUCUCAGCAUUGCAGCAUUAGGUAAUAUUGCAUCAAAAUUCACUUAACAAAUAUAAAAGGAAGACUGCAUCUUCACAGAACUUAAAGCCUCAACUGAGAAAGUCAGUUUGUUUGGAUGAACAUCCAAUAUAAGAUAAUAAAGUUAUCAAUUUUUGUUCCCCUGUAUGUCUGACUUACUUACCACAUGUAGACUUUGAACUCUUAUAUGGGCUUGAAGCCCUAUGCUAAGUACUGAAGCGGUGGUGAUAAUGCUGUUAUGCAUAAUAAAAUGUUCAUUGCUUUUAAAUAGAUAUAUAUAUAUAUAUAUA